AUGGAUUCUAGUACGCCGUCCGACUUAACGAAUGCUACAGCUUCCACGCACCUGCUACCGAGAUUCAGCACCUAUGCCGUAUUUACGGGCUGCUUUGUUAUAUACUUGCUUGGGCUGGCAAUCUACAGGCUGUACUUGACCCCGUCGGCGAAGUUCCCUGGGCCACGGCUAGCAGCACUCUGUUACUGGUACGAGUUUUAUUACGAUGUCUGGCCUCACGAGGGACAGUACACAUGGAAGAUUCGUGACCUGCACGAGAAAUACGGCCCCUUUGUCCGCAUCAACCCUUGCGAAGUCCAUUGUAACGAUCCAGAUUUCUUCAAUACCUUAUAUGUGAGCUCGGCGAAGAGGACGACAGACAAGUGGAUAUGGGCAGUUCGACAGUCCUGGACGCGCAACUCAUCGUUCAAGACCCUGUCGCAUGAUUUACACAAGCGGCGCAGAAACCAAGUAGCUCCGUUCUUCUCAAAGUCAUCGAUAAGAAGGCUGGAGCCUCUCAUUAUCAACAAGGUCAACAAGCUGUGUGAAAGGCUCGAGGCAAAGUCGCAGCUGGACACGGCAUCGAACAAAGUGGUCAAUCUGACUCACGCCUUCAUGGCUCUUACUGGCGAUGUCAUCAGCACAGUUUGUUUUGGACAGCCUACAGGCUUUCUGGAUUUGGAAGACCUGGGCAGGGACUGGUAUGAGGGCCGCGUCGUAGGCAGCCGGUCUAACCACCUGCUGCGACAAUUCCCAUGGCUCUUCCUCUUGCCGCUGGGCUGGAUCUCAGGUGGGAAGUCGAGAGUUGCGGCCAGCCUCCAGUAUGCCCAACAGAAGCAAAAGGAGCUUCGCGAAAGGGUGACCCAACUAGUCGACGAGCACGACGCCAAGACUGCUGACGAGAAGUUGCCCGCUGAGCCUCAAGACAACAGUCUGCCCGCCACGGUCUUCGUGUCCAUGCUCGAGGCCGACGUGCCGCCCUCCGAGAAAAAUGCCUCUCGGCUGACGGAGGAGGCCUUCACGCUGACAGGGGCAGGAACAAUGACCACUGCGAACGCCCUCAACUCGAUAGUCUACUACGUCCUCAGCCGGCCUGACUGCCUCGCCCGUCUCAAGGACGAGUUGCGCGCCGCGUUCCCGGACCCCUCAGCGAUCAGCUCGUCUGCGGAGCUCGAGAGGCUGCCGGUCUCACCCUUCGAGGACUACUCGUACAGUCGCCCGGACGGCCACGUCGAGAUCAUACCACAUGGCGUACCUGUUGGGAUGUCUUUCAUCGAUAUACUAGAAGACGAGGAGAUCUUCCCGGAUCCUCACGCUUUCAAACCUGAGCGUUGGUUGCCGGCGGUAUUGCCCCGGGACCAGACACGCGAUGAAGAAGAGGAGACGGCUGAUGAUCCGGUGGCACGCCGGCGGAAGUGGGCGGUUUCUACUGUGUUUGGUGGGGGGUCGCGGAUGUGCAUCGGCCUACACCUCGCUUGGUCUGAGAUGUACUUGACCGUCGCCACUCUUGUGUCGCGAUUCGGUGACCGGAUGGAGUUAUACGACGUUGAAUUCGAGCGGGACAUCAAAGUCGCCAUAGAUGGCUUCGAUGCCUUCCCUGGGCGAGGCCAUAAGGGACUGCGAGUGACGAUGCUGCCGGAAUAG